AUGGCGUUUUUCCCAGAUGCGGGAUGUCGACUAUGCGUCGACAAUCAAACGCUUCGCAAAUUAAAAAUAAUUAAAAAACUUAACAAAACAUUUUCAUUAUUUUUUGAAAAUUUAAGAAAAUAUCCGGAUAAAUUUUUUGAUUACUAUCGCAUGUCCAUAACAUCAUUUGAUGAACUUUUGGAAUAUAUUCGUGAAUAUAUUACGAAAAAAAAUACGUCAUUUAGAAAUGCAAUUUCGGCGGAAGAGCGUUUGACAGUGACUUUAAGGUUUUUAUCUACUGGCACAAGUUUUGGUGCAUUACAAUUUGAUUUUUUCAUUGCUCGGAGUACUAUUGGGGAAAUUGUAAAGGAGACAUGUACCAUUUUGUGGAUGGUUUUACAACCAAAAGAAAUGCCAGAGCCUUCAAAAGAAAAAUGGGUUGAAAUCGCAAAUACUUUUUAUGAGAAAACUAAUUUUCCAAACUGCUUAGGGGCAAUAGAUGGUAAGCAUAUUCGAUGUAAAGGUCCAAACAAUUCGGGCUCGCUAUACUUCAACUAUAAAAAGUACUUCUCGAUUGUACUAAUGGCGAUUGCUGAUGCCAAUUUAUGUUUUAUUGCCAUUGAUGUUGGUGCCUAUGGUAAAGAGGGAGAUUCGAAUGUUUUUAAAGACAGUUGUUUUGGGAAAAAACUUUAUUCAAAUCAACUCCAACUACCAGAAUUAGCAAAUUUACCUAAUACAAAUGAAAAUCCUCAGCCUUUCGUAUUUAUUGGAGACGAGGCGUUCGCCUUACAUUCGAACUUAUUAAGACCAUACCCAGGACGUGGUCUUAAUGAUACUAAACGGAUAUUCAACUAUAGGUUAUCAAGGGCAAGAAGGAUGGUAGAAUGUACUUUUGGUGUUCUAGCUAAUAAAUGGCGUGUCUUACAUACACCAAUACAAGUAGAGCCCGAUUUUGUGGACGAAAUAAUUAAAUCGUGUUGUGUUUUACACAACUUUGUUCGAAGAAGAGAUGGCUUCAAUAAUGAAGAUACAGAGACCAAUAUGUUGGAUGAUAUUGAAGUUCAUGGUACCGGUGCUCGAACUCAAGGUACUGAAGUUAGAGAUUACUUUGCAAAUUAUUUCAUGGGACCUGGAUCAGUGCCAUUCCAAUUUCAUAAAAUUUAAUCUUGAUCUAAGUACCUAAUUUAACUUGUUCUACUUGAAUAAUAAUUAGUAGUAUUUAUUUAUUUCUACCUAUAAUAUUUAU